CCGCUCGCUCGCCCCCGCGCCGGCCCGGCCCCGCGCGCCCUCUGCGUGCCGAGCCGUGCCGAGCCGAGCCGCCGCCAGCAAGGUCCUGAUACAGGAAAGGACUUUAUCCUUUAUUUAAUAUUAAGCCAGAGAAACUACAUUUGUGCUUCUUCAUAUUGGGAUCCAAGUUGAACUCAGAGUAGCUCCAUACUUCAUUUUGCCCUUGUCCUCCUUGUAACCACUUCCAGUUUUCACUUUCAGGUUAGUUACCUACUCCAGAGAGAAUCAGAACAAUGUCCUACGUUUUUGUAAACGACUCUUCUCAGACAAAUGUGCCACUGCUGCAGGCUUGCAUUGAUGGAGAUUUUAACUAUUCCAAACGACUGCUGGAGAGUGGUUUCGACCCAAACAUUCGUGACAGCCGAGGCCGAACUGGCCUUCACCUUGCUGCAGCCAGAGGAAAUGUAGACAUCUGUCAACUCUUGCAUAAAUUUGGUGCUGAUCUACUAGCCACUGAUUACCAAGGUAACACAGCCCUUCACCUGUGUGGGCAUGUGGAUACCAUCCAGUUCCUAGUGUCUAAUGGACUUAAAAUUGAUAUUUGUAAUCACCAAGGUGCAACGCCACUUGUUCUUGCAAAACGAAGGGGUGUGAAUAAAGAUGUGAUAAGACUGCUGGAGUCUUUAGAGGAGCAAGAGGUGAAAGGAUUUAACAGAGGAGCUCACUCAAAGCUGGAAACAAUGCAGACUGCUGAAAGUGAAAGUGCAAUGGAAAGCCAUUCCCUCCUUAAUCCAAACCUACAGCAAGGUGAAGGAGUUCUUUCCAGUUUCCGCACGACGUGGCAAGAGUUUGUGGAAGACCUGGGCUUCUGGAGGGUGCUGCUCCUCAUCAUUGUCAUUGCUCUUCUGUCGCUUGGAAUAGCAUACUAUGUUAGUGGGGUGCUUCCUUUUGUAGAAAACCAGCCUGAACUGGUGCACUGAAGCAAAUGCUAAGAAGCACACCAUGCUUUUCACUGUUCUAAUCUUAUUUUGAGCUUCUUGGAAUUAUUCUCUUGGUGCAGGCAGUGGCAGCUGUAUAUACUGUUUGCCUUUUUUACUUACUGUUAACCCCUUUGAAGGAGGGAUUGAUUCAUUUCAAGUAAAACACUAAAUUCUAAAACAUUCCUAAGCUACCUCUGACUUAUCUUGACUUGCAGGCAAGAUAUGAAGAUAAUCCUCUCCAUUGAUAAAAGGCUAUGAUUAGGAAAGGCCUUCCGGAAUAGUUAUUAAAUUCCUGGGCAUGGCAAAUGCAUCCUAGUGCAGAACCAAUUUUGAUUUAUUUUCCCUAUGAAGAGGGGCAAAUCUGUUGUUGGAUAUUUUUGUGUAUUUUGCUCCAGUAGAAAGAAAAAUAUUCUCUUAAAAGUCCUCCUCAAGAAAUCAAACAAUAAAAUAAUGCAUUCUGAUACGAUAGUAAUAAGCUGCAACUUUCUAAUUCUUUUAAUGCCUCCACAUAGUCUCGUAUCUGCUCAUUUAUAAAGAGAAUGAAAAAUAGUUCAAGUUUUAUUGUGUCUUUAAUGUACAGAUUGCUCCUUUAUUUAUUAGGUUAACAUAGUGUUUCUUCCCCAGAGGAAUUUAUUGCAUUUAAUACCUGCCUGAAAUAAAUUUUGUAGAACAAAGCUAUUUGUUGUGCUUUGAAAGUAAAGUUGUUUCAGCCUUAGGCUGAAACUUUUGCUUUUUGUUGAAAUGUUACUAAGCAAACCUUUCUUUGUGAGAGUGGUUAAAAAGUGAUUUAGGUGUUCUACUCUGUAUAUAAUAAUUCUGUUAGGCCAUUGUCUUUGUGAAAUAUGUCGCAAAGAAUAACUGUUUGUUCCUCCCACAAGGAACAGACCUAACCAUGUAAUUGUAUUGUUUCCAUGUUUGUGGAGAGGACUCAAUUGAGUAGAAUUCCUUUCUAGAAUUGAUUUCCAUUUUGGUUGUUUUCAGACAGCACUUCCAGACCUAUGAGUUAUUUUCUGAGUGUGCAGAACAAAGAUAUUAAAAAUGUUAAUACUUAGGAACAUUUAAAUUAAAUGAAAUCUUGACCCCUUCUGUACUCAGCUGUGGAAUCCUUUGUUUGUGAAUAACCUAAGGAUAUAAACCAGUUAGAUACUCUUUUAUGAAGGCUGGAAUGGUAGUACAUAGUAAGUUGGAAGUUUUCAAAGAAAACAUUAUCUCCUCCAUGGCAUCCAACUCUUCUUUGUCUUGAAAAUCCCAAACAAAAUGAAUUCUGCAAACCUAGUGAUUAUUUUUUUUUUACUUAGCCACUCCUCAAUUGUUGCUAAAUAACAUUAAGCUUUGUAAAAUCAUAAAUUACCGUAAGUAUUGAUAGAAGUACCCUCCCUCUCUCUGUCCUGCUGCCAUGUGUCUAUUUUUUUUCUUGUUCAUAUGUUUUAGUGAAGAGGGUAUAGUUGUCUUUCUUUGAUUUUUCUUUUUUUUGUUUGUGCCUCUUAAGAAGACCAAGCCAAACAAAAAAACCUAGAGCACCCUCCUGAAUAUUUCAGUUGUUGUACAUCUGUUCAUGAACAGAGAAAUACAAACUUAUAGUAUGCCCAAGUUAUAAUCACUUCUCUAAAUGAAUACGUUUCUUUUAAUAAUACUCUGUAUCUUGAAUAAUCACGUUAUCUUUCAGUAUUGUAUUACCUGCAUAAUCUGUAACUGUGUUUUCAGUAUGGGUGGAUGCCACAAAUAAAUACAUGUAGUAAAUA